AUGCAACCGCAGCUAGACCUCAUCGCCGCCUCGUCUCGCACCGCGUUCGAGAAAAAGGUGUGGUCGCUGCUCUGCCAGAUCCCAAGCGGCAGCGUUUCGACAUACGGCAUCAUGUCAGCGCACCUGGGCUCGUCGCCGCGCGCCGUCGGCAACGCUCUCCGCCGCAACCCUUUCGCUCCCGAGGUGCCCUGCCACCGCGUCGUCGCCACGGGAGGCGCCCUGGGCGGGUUCAAGGGCAAGUGGCCGCGCGACGGAGAGGGCAUCACGCUGGACGAGAAGAGGCUUCUGCUGAGGCGCGAAGGGGUCAGGUUCGACGACGCCGGGGCAAGGAUCUUGGGAACGCCGUUUUCGGGGUUUCGACCCCACAUGCAGUACAUCGACUCGCCCAAUACGGAAUAA